UUCAUCUUUUUCUUUCCCACUUUCUUCUUCUUCAUCUGCUUCUUCUGUUCUCUUCUUCAGUCGCGCCUUAUUGUAAAUCUUUUUUUAUUUUUUGUUUUUAAUUUUAUCUGUAAGUUUUUAAAUUCAAUUUUUGAAGUACAAGCUUCAAGGAUUUCUCUGAUGUAUUUAUGUGCUUAAUUGUGAAAAAAUGUUUGAUUGUGGUUAUAAAGCUCAGUACAUGAGUGGUCAGAGGGAGAAGUUUGUCAGGUUGGAUGACUUGGACUCUAGAUUAUCAUCACCCUCUGAUGCAGGAUUGAAAAACUGUGGAUUUAACAUUGAGGGAUUAAAUCGUUCUGGCCAUGCAAACGGUACAACAUCUAGGUCUUUCAAGAGAGGGAUCAGAAAGGGUUCUGAAGGACUUAAGUCAAUUGGUCGCUCUCUUGGAUUUGGGGUUUCUCGAGCAGUAUUUCCUGAGGAUCUUAAAGCAUCAGAGAAGAAGAUUUUUGAUCCUCAGGAUAAAUUCCUCUUGCUUUGCAAUAAAUUAUUUUUCGUAUCAUGUAUCCUGGCUGUAUCGGUGGACCCUCUAUUUUUUUAUCUUCCAGUUAUUAAUAAUUCAGAAAAUUGUCUCAUGAUGGAUAAAAAAUUAGCAGUCACGGCAACAACUCUGCGGACAAUUAUAGAUGCUUUCUAUCUUAUACGCAUGGCUCUCCAGUUCCGUACUGCUUAUAUUGCUCCAUCAUCUCGGGUUUUUGGACGAGGUGAACUUGUGAUAGAUCCUGCACAAAUAGCCAAGCGAUACUUGCAGCGAUAUUUCAUCAUUGAUUUUCUGGCUGUGCUUCCAUUACCACAGAUUAUUGUUUGGAGAUUUCUUCAUAGUUCAAAUGGUUCAGAUGUACUUGCAACAAAACAGGCCUUGUUUUUUGUUGUCUUGCUUCAGUACAUCCCUAGAUUUCUUAGAGUUGUACCCUUAACAUCAGAAAUGAAAAGGACAACUGGUGUCUUUGCUGAAACCGCUUGGGCUGGAGCUGCAUAUUAUUUGCUAUUAUAUAUGCUUUGUAGUCAUAUAGUAGGGGCAUUCUGGUACUUGUUAGCUGUAGAACGCAAUGACACAUGCUGGCGGCAGGCUUGUAGGGAUAGUGGUAGUGAUAAAUGCAAUAAAGAUUUCUUGUACUGUGGGAAUCAGCAGAUGGAAGGUUAUAGCACAUGGGCUGGCAUCAGAAGCUCUGUUCUUAGUGAUAAGUGCCCAGCAGAUGACAAUAAUGAUAAUCCUCCUUUUGAUUUUGGAAUCUUCACUAACGCUCUGUCAUCUGGCAUUGUCGCAUCAACAAAUUUCCUUUCAAAAUACUGCUACUGUUUAUGGUGGGGUCUACAGAACUUGAGCACCCUUGGCCAGGGGCUUCAAACUAGCACCUAUCCUGGAGAGGUCAUAUUCUCCAUAGCACUUGCAAUUUUUGGACUCAUCCUCUUUGCUCUUCUGAUUGGAAACAUGCAGACCUAUCUUCAGUCUCUCACCAUUCGGCUAGAAGAAAUGAGGAUCAAAAGGCGUGACUCAGAACAGUGGAUGCAUCACCGUAUGCUUCCCCAGGACCUCAGGGAACGGGUAAGACGUUACGACCAAUAUAAGUGGUUGGAAACACGGGGUGUUGAUGAAGAAAACUUGGUUCAGAGCCUUCCAAAGGAUCUGAGGAGAGAUAUUAAGAGACACCUCUGUCUGGCUUUGGUUAGAAGGGUUCCUCUAUUCGAGAGUAUGGAUGAGAGGUUGCUUGAUGCCAUUUGUGAACGGCUUAAACCAUGCUUGUUUACUGAGAGCACUUACAUAGUUCGAGAGGGGGAUCCAGUCGAUGAGAUGCUUUUCAUCAUUCGUGGCCGGCUUGAGAGUGUAACAACAGAUGGUGGGAGGAGUGGGUUUUUCAACCGCAGUUUGCUGAAAGAAGGAGAUUUCUGUGGAGAGGAACUUUUAACUUGGGCAUUGGAUCCCAAAUCUGGUGCUAACCUUCCAUCAUCUACUCGGACAGUGAAGGCUUUGACUGAGGUCGAGGCUUUUGCCCUAAUAGCUGAGGAGUUGAAGUUUGUUGCCAGUCAAUUCAGGCGUCUCCACAGUAGACAGGUGCAACAUACCUUCCGUUUUCACUCACAGCAGUGGAGGACCUGGGCAGCUUGCUUUAUCCAAGCUGCUUGGCGGCGUUAUUCCAAGAGGAAGAAUAUGGAGCUUCGUAGGAAGGAAGAAGAAGACGCAGAAGGGAUGGAUGGAACCCGCAAUAACAGUGGUGGAGGUUCGUACAGCCUCGGUGCCACUUUCUUAGCUUCCAAGUUUGCAGCAAAUGCACUUCGUGGUAUCCAUCGGAAUCGGAAUGCUAAGAGUGCAAAGGAGUUGGUGAAACUACAAAAGCCUCCUGAGCCUGAUUUUACUGCCGAAGAUGCUGAUUGAUUUGUUAAAAUGCUGUUACUUUGAUCUAAAUUGUAUUCGCUUGGCAGAACUAAAAACAAUGUAUAAUACACACACAUUCCAGUUUGGAAUAGGAGUUGUAAGGCUUGCUGGAAGAAAUGUUAAGACUGUAAAGCUUGCUUGCUGCUUCAUUA